UGCUCUUGUCUGGUACCUCAGACUUGGCUCACCCCUUGCCACAUCCAGGGCCAUCGAAGGACCUGGCUCUGCCUGUUGUGUUCAGGGUGGAGUUCAUUUCUUUUGUUCUUGGGAGCUGAAUAGGAGAAAGGGACAUUUCAGUUUUUCUUGAUAAAGUGUUUAUAGAAAUACGAAGAAUUUCACUAAACACUAGUGCUACAAAGGAAAAGGAAGGACCUUAGCAAAUGUGGUACCAUGUGGAGAGAGCCUCAGAGUGGUAUUGGUGCCUGAGCCCUGGGUGUUUUGAAGAGUCGAACAGUGCCUGUUAUCCUGUGAGGCUGUGAUCAACGAUAUUUGUCACUACAUCUGCGCCCUGCAGCAUGGCCAAGCCAUGUGGAUUUGAACCAGAUUACACCAUCUUACUUAAACUGCAAGACAAGAAUAUUUCUUGAAAAUUAAGAGUUCUUCAGGGUGGCACAAAAGAUCACUUCUUCAGCGGCAUCUGUCUCAGCAUUUCCUCAGAUCCCUGGGACUCUCCUGCUGCAGCCAAUUUUCUAGACAACAUGCCCUUGCGAAGUUCUGGCAAGUUGAGCAUGGAGACCAGAAAAGAAGAUGGUGAGAGCACAGCACCUGCCCCUCCGCAGAAGAAGCUGUCCUGUCAGUGCCACCACCACUGUCCUGAGGACUCAGUCAACAGCACCUGCAGCACUGAUGGCUACUGCUUCACCAUAGUAGAAGAAGAUGAGUCCGGUGGACAUUUAGUCACCAAGGGAUGUCUUGGAUUAGAGGGCUCAGACUUCCAGUGUCGGGACACUCCUAUUCCACACCAAAGAAGAUCUAUUGAAUGUUGCACAGGCCAAGAUUACUGUAACAAACACCUUCACCCUACGCUGCCACCACUGAAAAAUCGAGACUUUGCUGAAGGAAACAUUCACCAUAAGGCCCUGCUGAUCUCGGUGACUGUUUGCAGUAUACUCCUGGUGCUUAUCAUCAUAUUCUGCUACUUCAGAUACAAACGCCAAGAGACGAGGCCCCGCUACAGCAUCGGGCUUGAGCAGGAUGAGACCUACAUUCCCCCUGGAGAGUCCCUGAAGGAUUUGAUUGAGCAGUCCCAGAGCUCAGGGAGCGGCUCCGGGCUCCCUCUCCUGGUUCAAAGGACCAUUGCAAAACAGAUUCAGAUGGUAAAGCAGAUUGGAAAAGGUCGCUAUGGAGAAGUCUGGAUGGGGAAGUGGCGUGGCGAGAAGGUAGCUGUGAAAGUGUUUUUUACCACAGAGGAGGCCAGCUGGUUCAGAGAAACAGAAAUCUACCAGACUGUCCUGAUGAGGCAUGAAAAUAUUCUCGGAUUCAUUGCCGCAGACAUUAAAGGUACAGGAUCCUGGACCCAGCUGUAUCUCAUCACUGACUACCAUGAGAACGGCUCACUUUAUGAUUAUCUAAAAUCUACUACCUUGGACACAAAAGCCAUGCUAAAACUGGCUUACUCCUCCGUUAGUGGCUUGUGCCACUUGCACACUGAGAUCUUCAGUACUCAGGGCAAACCCGCUAUUGCCCACCGUGACCUAAAAAGUAAGAAUAUCCUGGUGAAAAAGAAUGGCACCUGCUGUAUAGCAGAUUUGGGCUUGGCUGUUAAAUUUAUCAGUGAUACAAACGAGGUAGACAUACCUCCAAAUACCCGCGUAGGAACAAAACGCUAUAUGCCUCCUGAGGUGCUGGAUGAAAGCUUGAAUAGAAAUCACUUUCAGUCGUACAUCAUGGCUGAUAUGUACAGUUUUGGACUCAUCCUUUGGGAGAUAGCAAGGAGAUGUGUUUCAGGAGGAAUAGUUGAGGAAUACCAGCUUCCAUACCACGACCUUGUGCCCAGCGACCCCUCGUACGAGGACAUGCGGGAGAUUGUGUGCAUCAAGAGACUGCGCCCUUCGUUUCCCAACAGAUGGAGCAGUGAUGAGUGCCUACGGCAGAUGGGGAAGCUGAUGAUGGAGUGCUGGGCUCACAACCCCGCCUCCCGGCUCACAGCCCUGCGAGUCAAGAAAACGCUUGCCAAAAUGUCAGAGUCGCAGGACAUUAAACUCUGACUUGGCCAGAGGCAGCUCUCGUGAAGGCCCAUGGAAACGGACUUUCUCGUGCAGGCAGAAGUCCUGAAGAGGUAUUGAAAGUCUUUGCUAAUAAGUACCUUGAAUGCAGUCAUGCUUAAGAGCAGCUGUAAGUUUCUUUGACAACUUUUGAGGAGACUAUCCUUUGCAAAAAUCAGCUGAAUUUUGACAUACAAGAUUGGAAGAGGCUUGUCUGCCCUUGUUUACACAGGGAAAUACAGUUUUAGUAACUGGUUUAAGAUUAUGCAUGUUGCUUUCUGUGAAAGCCACUUAUUAUUUUAUUAUUAUUAUUGUUAUUAUUAUUAUUUUGAUUGUUUAAAAAAGAUACUGCUUUAAAUUUUAUGAAAAUAAAACUUUUGGUUAGAA